AUGGUUCGUAAACUUAAGCAUCAUGAGCAGAAGCUCCUCCGAAAAGUCGACUUCACGACCUACGCAUCAGAUAACAAUCAUCGAGAUGCGGCUGUGAUACGGAGAUAUGCGAUUCAGAAACCUGGGGAUUAUCAAAAAUACAAUAGACUUUGCGGUUCUCUCCGUCAACUCGCCCACAAACUCACACUCUUACCGCCCGACUCUCCAGUUCGUCUAAAGCAUGAACAGCUCCUCCUCUCUAAACUUCACGAUAUGGGAAUUCUUCCCUCCACCGCUUCCACUUCCAAACUUUCCUCCGUUGAAUCGCAUGUUACUGUUUCCGCAUUCUGUCGAAGACGUUUACCAGUUGUAAUGACAAGAUUAAGAAUGGCAGAGACAGUACAGGCUGCGAAUAAGAUUAUUGAGCAAGGACACGUUAGAGUGGGCACGGAAACUAUCACAGACACCGCAUUUUUAGUUACGAGAAGCAUGGAAGAUUUCGUUACUUGGGUAGAUGGUUCGAAGAUUAAGAGGAAUAUCUUGAAAUACAGAGAGAAAUUAGACGAUUUCGAUUUGUUGUAGACGAUUGGAGAUGGAGGUUAUGCA